CUUAACUCAGUGACUUUCUGAGAAAUGUGAAUGCGAUUCUCUUCGUAAAGAGAGAAAAAUAUUUGAUAAUGGCUUCUAGAGCUAUAUUAAGAAGGAAGAGAUUGAUCUCUGAUUAUUUGAAUGUCUCCACUCGGUCGAUCCAAGGCUUCCAAUGUCUUGGGCAUGUUGUUCAGAAUCGUAAAUUAUGUGAUUAUAGCUCCAGUGCAAACCAGACCUGUGCAGAUUUCAAUUGCGCAGACAAGACAAAUGCUUUUUCAGUGACAAAAGGAGAAUUGCAGGGUUUUUCUGGGUUUAGACACUUUGUACAUAAAAAUCAUGGAAUCAUGGUUUCGGGUCUUGGGAAUGGAAGAUCAGAACUCAUCCCUCCAAUGGGUUUCAGGUUGAUGUCACAUUCGGUUCGAAAUGCUUCCUCAGCUACUGCUAAACAACCUGAAAUGGUCAGUGAUGAUGAGGAAAAUGAAGAGCUGGUUAGUAAAAAGAGGAAGCAAGCAUCCCCUGAAGAAUGUGAUCAAGCUGUUGAAGGUUUGAGUACUGCAAAAGCCAAAGCUAUGGCAAAAAAGUUGCAGGAAACUCAAAAGGUUGCUAAUUCUGUUUUGCAUAGAUCAUGGGCCAUGCUCCUGGGGAUUGGUCCUGCUUUGAGAGCAGUAGCUUCGAUGAGCAGGGAGGAUUGGGCUAAGAAACUUAUUCACUGGAAACAGGAAUUUGUAUCAACUUUACAACACUAUUGGUUGGGUUUUAAGUUAUUGUGGGUUGAUGUGACGAUCAGUUCAAGAUUGCUGUUAAAACUUGCUGGUGGGAAGAGUCUUUCUAGGAGGGAGAGGCAACAGCUAACUCGAACCACAGCGGAUAUUUUUCGGCUAGUUCCUUUUGCAGUUUUUAUUAUUGUCCCUUUCAUGGAAUUUCUGUUGCCAGUGUUCCUUAAAUUGUUCCCAAAUAUGUUGCCAUCAACCUUCCAAGACAAGAUGAAAGAGCAGGAAGCUCUGAAAAGGAAGCUAAAUGCUAGAAUAGAGUACGCCAAGUUUCUUCAGGACACAGUCAAAGAAAUGGCAAAAGAAGUUCAAAACUCACGAAGUGGGGAAAUUAGGAAAACUGCAAAGGAUCUUGAUGAAUUUUUGAAUAGGGUUAGAAGGGGUGCGGGUGUCUCUAAUGAGGAGAUUUUGGGCUUUGCUAAGUUGUUUAAUGAUGAACUUACUUUGGAUAAUAUCAGCAGGCCUCGAUUGGUGAAUAUGUGCAAAUAUAUGGGCAUAAGUCCUUUUGGAACAGAUGCAUAUUUGCGUUUUAUGCUUCGGAAAAGACUACAAUGGAUUAAGAAUGAUGAUAUGUUGAUUCAAGCUGAGGGCGUGGAGUCUCUUUCAGAAGCUGAACUUAGUGACGAUUGUAGGGAGAGAGGCAUGCUUGGAUUGCUGUCAGUUGAAGAAAUGCGUCAACAGCUCCGUGAUUGGUUGGAUUUGUCUCUUAACCAUUCAGUCCCAUCUUCGCUUUUGAUCCUUUCGAGGUCUUUUACUGUGUCUGGAAAGCUGAGACCAGAGGAAGCUGUUGGAGCUACACUUUCUUCUCUCCCUGACGAGGUUGUGGGUACUGUUGGUGUUACAGCUUUGCCAUCUGAAGAUUCUGUUUCAGAAAGGAGAAGGAAACUGGAGUACCUUGCGAUGCAGGAAGAAUUGAUCAAGGAGGAGCAAGAAAAAGAGGAAAAAGAGUUAGUGAGGAUGAAGGAAAAUAGAGCUAGUGAAGAGGAUGUUGCAUUGAAAGAAAUGACUAUAGCAACAGCAAGUAAAGCACACAAACAAGCUAGAGCAAGAACAUUGGAAAAGCAGGAGCAGCUGUGUAAACUUAGUCAAGCGUUGGCUAUUUUAGCUUCAGCAUCUUCAGUGAGUAGCGAGCGUGAAGAGUUCCUGGGGCUUGUCAAUAAAGAGAUAGGACUUUACAACAGUAUGGUGGACAGAGAGGGUACUGACGGUGAGAAAGAUGCCAUAAAGGCUUACAAAGCAGCUCGAGAAGAAACAGACCAUUCUGAUGAAGUGGCUGAACAGGAUGAGGUUUCUUCAGCACUUAGAGAAAGGGUUGAUGCUAUGCUUCAAAAUCUUGAGAAGGAAAUUGAUGAUGUCGAUGCUAAAAUUGGCGAUCGUUGGCAACUACUUGACAGGGAUCUUGAUGGGAAAGUUACUCCUGAAGAGGUGGCUGGUGCUGCUUUGUACUUGAAGGAUACAUUAGGGAAGCAGGGUGUUCAAGAACUCAUUAGCAGUCUUUCCAAAGAUAGAGAUGGUAAGAUUCUUGUGGAAGACAUUGUCAAAUUGGGCAGUUGGACAGAAAAUACCAAUUCAACAGAAAGGGCAGAACAUAGAGGAUAAGUGGCUGGUUUGACUUUCUUUUGCUCUUGACAUCUUGAUAGUAGUUCCCCAGUUAGCUCCUUGUUCACAGAUUACAUGGCUUGUACUCUAAUAUGGUCAAGUGUUGUCUCUGGAGUUGCGGCUGAGAAAUUUCUCAACUUUUCAGGUUCCAACGUACCUUUUUAUACAUGUUGGCUCUCUACAUCUAGGUAAUGUCCUUUUAUGGUCAUACAUAUAGAAGUAGUUUCCUUAUUCCUUUGAGCCCUUUGAUAAAAGGGACGGACUUGCUAGCAAUGUAAAAAAUAUAAAAAGCUCUGAUAGAUAAAAACAGCUUUUAUGCACACAGAAAAAUAAUGUUGUUGUUCUAUUAUAGUUUAGUUCGAAAAGUUGUUCCUGAUAUUAGAUCCACUUUAAGCUAUUGAAUGACAGAUGUUGUAUCUUGCUUAAUUAAAUGUUCAUGUAUAUGUCGUAUUGUUUCUUUACUAUGCUUUUGUGUUCGUAGGAUGAACUACUAGUCCUAUGUUAACUUUGUACUUAGUCUUACUUCAGUUAUAUUUUCAUUUCUAUUGAAUAUUGGAAGACAGAAAUGAUGGAUUUUCUUCAUAUUUGAUGUGAUUUUGUUAGAUG